GAAAACGAUCGUCACAACGCCGGUGUCGCAAAACCAACGAGCGUCGCGUCGCGAUGAGGCGACGGCGCUUUGUCGUCGUAGCGACGUAGGCAAAGCCAAUAUCGCAGUGUCAUGGCGAGGCAUGGCGCAAGAAUUAAGGCUGCAACUGCAGUGACGGCGACCUAGUGGCUGAUCUCCCACUCGCGACGAAGAGUGCAACAGAAUGCGCCGCAGUAGUUGAGGAUUUUGCCAUCAGAGUGGGGCGGCUUGUGGUGACGAUGGCGAGAGGGAGGAUCGCGAGGGCCAAACAGUUGGAUGUCGUUCAUCGUCAUCACGUGCGUCAGGUGUUGGAUCCAGGCACGCCAUGGUCUGCCUGCAUCCCUGCUUGCCGGAGAAUAUUCUAUGUGUUCGAUGACGCUGUCAAGAUACAGUGCGGAUGGGAAGAGCUCGGGUGGAGGAUUGGAAACGGGGCUGGACUAGGAGGAGACGCCUCCAGCAGGAUAUGCAGGAGGUGGAGGAAGAGGAAGAGGAGGAGGAGAUCAAGGACUGACGAAACGGGGAAAAGAAGCUGAAAGGAGUGGAGGAGGGCAUUUACUCUGUGGCUCAUUGAGGAACCAAUGGAAUUGAUUGUUCACCUUGUUGGAUGCAGGGGCUGUGCUGCUGCUGCUGCUGCAGCCGUUAACUUGAUGAGGAAGCACCUGUUUCUGCUAUUGCCCAUGCUGCUACGAUCUUCGAAUGAUUCUCCCCAAGGAGCGAUUGUAGGAAGAGUGGAUUGCGCUUAUCGAAAUUAAAACGUGGAGGGAGGAUUUCAACGCCGGGUCGCUUGGGAACAGAUUUGAGUUAUAGUGAAGUAUUGGUAAUUGAUCCUACGGUAACACAGGGAAUAGAUUCUAUCAAGAACUUGUGUGAAGAAGGAAAGGCGGGCUUGACUAUGACUCCGCGCACUGCAACUGCGACACGUUACCUGGUUUACGAAAUUGGGUGGGUCCGAUUCAAUGACCGAGGUAUUCUUAUGGAAGAAUGAGUAGGGAAGUAGUCGGAUCUGAAGGCGGCUCUCUAAGUUCUUGCAAUUGUAAGGGCGAAGCGCAUCAGUGAAUUAGUAGCAGAUAAUCCAUCCAAGCAUCAUACUGCUGAGACUUGAAUGCUGUGAAGAAGCCAUUGCUACCGAUUCUGUGUUGUGAUUGCUACUAUGUGUAGCCCCGGCUCUGGCUCCGAAUCGUUCGGGGAAGGUGAAAGGAAGAAGAGUAGCACUGGGGAGAUCACUGAAGUAGCAAUGGCAGCAACAGACGAUGACAAAGGAAGGAUAGACAUCUGGGUUACGAAUCUGGCCGAGUCGAAGAAGAACGGCCACAAGGACGCAAUCUGGGGAUUGAGAUCUCUCACAAGGGAGAGCUCCAUGAACAGAGACUACAUAGCCCAUAAGGGUGCAAUUCCAGUCGUAGUGGCAGUCCUGAAGCGAUCCCAGGAUACUGAAAUCCGGAAACAUGCAGUCACUUUGCUGUUCAAUCUCUCAAUCAAGGCCCAUCUUAAGGACGUGAUUAUGGCAGCUGGGCCGGUGGAGCCCAUAGUGGAAGUCUUAAAGAGCGGUGACAAUGAAGCGAGGGAGAACGCAGCUGCAGCUCUUUUCAGCCUAUCAUCAAAGGGACAAAAUAGAGUGUUGAUUGGAAACCACAAAGAAGCCAUCCCGGCUCUUGUGCAGCUGCUGAUCGAUGGUACUCGGAGAGGGAAGCUGGACGCACUGAACGCAAUAUUUGACCUCUCAAUCUCGAACGAGAACAAAGCCAAGGCUGUGGAAGCUGGGGUAAUACCUCCCCUUGUCCGACUCUUGACAGACAAAGACCUGAAUCUGAUCGAUCAAUCUCUUGCAACGAUUGCUUUGUUGGCAGUGCAUCAUCAAGGACAGGCUGAGAUAAGCCGCGUGAACUGCUUGCCAAUCCUUGUGGACCUUGUUGCAGAGAGCAAUGCACAGAACAGAGAGAAUGCGGCUUGUAUUCUCCUGGAGUUGUGCUCAAACGAUCCCAACAACGCCUAUAAUGCUACCAAGCUGGGGUUAGCGGGGGCAUUGGGGGAGCUUGCUAGUACAGGGACUGCUAAAGCGCGGCGCAAGGCAAAGAAAUUGUUGGAAAUCUUUCGUCAUGCCCAGCACCUGACAGGUCCACCUGGGGCUAGGUCCAUUUGAUAUCUGGUGGCCAAUGUGAGUUACCUCCCGCCGAGGAGUGUGAUAAUGGCCUUCAGCGAUGCAAGCGACAGUUCGAUUUCGAAGCUUCAGCGUGUAAAUAUGAAGAGCUGGAAUUGGCAUGAAGGGCAGUCUGUUACCAGAAGUGGACGCCACGCCUUUGGCUUGUAAGACUGGUACAAUGUUAAGAUUACAAGUAGAUUAGGCUAAUUAAGUUAAUCAGUCAGUUUGUAUGUAGUUAGCGACGGUGAAGCAAGCGGUGACUUGUCGGGUGACUUUCCUGUAUCAGCUCUCGACUUGUCACCCCCUGUGGAGUGGCUUGGAUGAGAAAAUCCUCUCUUUUCCUGUAGAAAGAAACUCCAGUUUAAAACCCUCAUGCUUGUAUAAUUUCCCAAUUUUGCUUAAUAAGACCGUGUCCACCUGGUUUAAAGUGA